ACAGAUGAAUCCCAAUUGUCAGAUAGAGACUGGAUGUCCCGAUGCCCUGUGAUACUCAGGGUAAGUAAGGCCUCCUGGUAGUCAAGUAGAAGACAGGGAAUUUUGUGACCCUUAGGCAGUGAGGAUGAGAUCUUGAGACAGUCAGACAUGAAGCUGAGGUGAGGACUUUGGACAGAGGAGAGAAGACUGAGAUAUUCUUGGAGAGGAGGGAAAAGCAAUAUGACAUUUGGGUAAGAGAUGCAACUGGACUCAGGUACGGAGAGGAGACUUCUCGGUAAGGGACACGAAUACUUCCAAAACUUCACUAUGGAAGUUGAGAAUACUUAAGGUACAGUCUUUCAGUAUUCAGGUAGAGGAUGUAAGAUUUCCUGAUUCUGGUAGAGAACGUGUGACAAGGUACCGCUCAGACGGAAGAAAUGAGACCUCGGGCCCUGAUGUGGAAAAGAGGAGUUGCUUUCACAGGGGGAGAAGUCAGAGCUUUCUGAUGCUCAGGUAAGAUAUUCAAGACCUUGUUGGCCACUUUACGGAGAUGUGACCUCCUAAAAGUCACAUAAGGAAGUAUGACAUUUAGUUAGAGAAGACAUAUGGAGAAAUCAAGAUCAUCCUAUAGUCCAAGAACUCAACACACGGGGGUGGGGAGAUAAAAAAGGCUUGGUGGGUAGGAGAGGUGGCAUCUUAGAGGAGAUGUAACUGGUCCAUCUUAUGGUGGGCUGGUAGGGACUUAAACUCAGGAGACAAAGCCUUCGGACAUUGUUGCAGGGAAUAUGGAACGUCAGAGUAUGAUGCUCAUGCCAUGCUGUCUUCUGAUGAUAUAUAAAAAAAGAUACUAGAUAUUGCAGAUAACUGUGAUGACAGUUCCUGCUGCUCAAGUCUCGGUGACCAUCACAUGUGGCUGCACAAGGGUCAGAAGAGUCUGGAGAACUCCAGAAAACCCUGUGACACUCAUCAAUGGACAGGAAGUUGGGCUUCGAAGUCACAUGUCAAGCAGAUUCAAAAUGGCUAUUAAAAGUAUCCUGAUGGCGUAUACUCCCACCCCCACCAUGUACCGAGGAUCUGUCAGUCAGUGGAACCUGACUUCUUUUAGCCAUGAACAUACUGUAACACCUCAUUAUAGGAGGGCCAAGCUGUCUGUAGUCCAUGACUCUGUAGUGAUUCCAGCCCCCAGAGGGCCUAUCCUGAGCAUUCACACAGUGCGACUUCAGGAGACUCACCAAGGAUGAACGAAGGAAGGUUGCACGUUUGGCCCUCACCUCCCCAAGAGAGUUUAUGCAGGAAGUUGGGACGCCGCUCCAGCAUGGAUCAGUUAAUCAAGGAGGCCUGCCUGGCCUAACUGCUGAGGUGGGGGUGGGAUAUCAUCUUGCUGAUUGGCCAGAAGGCCGUGGAGCUUUGUGAGGUCACAGCUUGAAGACUGGGUUAGGGCAGGAGUAUGGUAGAGAUGCUGCCAACUGUCAUUGUGCUGGUCUUGGCGGUGUCUGUGGUUGCCAGAGAUAACUCCACGUGUGAUGGCCCCUGUGGGUUACAGUUCAGGCAGCACCCACGGGCAAGUGUCCGGAUUGUCGGAGGGCAGACUGCGCAGCGUGGGGCCUGGCCCUGGAUGGUCAGCCUACAGAUCUUCAUGUCCCAUAACAGCCGCAGGUACCAUGCCUGUGGAGGCAGCCUGCUCAACUCCCACUGGGUGCUUACAGCUGCUCACUGCUUCGACAACAAAAAAAAAGUCUAUGACUGGAGACUGGUUUUUGGAGCCCAGGAAAUUGAAUAUGGAAGAAACAAGCCAGUGAAAGAGCCUCUGCAGGAGAGAUAUGUGCAGAAGAUUAUCAUCCAUGAAAAGUACAACGUCGUGACCGAGGGCAACGACAUUGCUCUCUUGAAGAUCACUCCUCCGGUUGUGUGUGGGAGCUUCAUCGGGCCCGGCUGCCUGCCUCAUUUUAAGGCUGGUCCUCCCAAAAUUCCCCAGACCUGCUACGUGACUGGGUGGGGAUACAUGAAAGAGAAGGCCCCCAGGCCAUCGCCUGUCCUGAUGGAGGCACGUGUGGAUCUCAUUGACCUCGACCUGUGUAACUCAACCCAGUGGUACAAUGGGCGUGUCACAUCAACUAAUGUGUGUGCAGGGUAUCCUGAAGGCAAGAUUGACACCUGCCAGGGGGACAGUGGUGGGCCUCUCAUGUGCAGAGACAACGUCGACAGCCCCUUUGUGGUCAUGGGGAUCACAAGCUGGGGGGUAGGCUGUGCCCGUGCUAAGCGUCCUGGAGUCUACACGGCCACCUGGGACUACCUGGAUUGGAUUGCUUCCAAGAUCGGCCCUAAUGCCUUGCACUUGAUUCAGCCGGCCACCCCUCCCCCGCCGACUACUCGACCACCCGUGGCCUCUUACCACCCUUCUCCUCCUCGCCCUCCUUGGUAUUACCAAAACAUCCCACCUCGACCACCUCGGCCACGACCACCUCGGCCUCUACCACAUGGACCGUCUCCAGGCCAGCCCCAAUCCCCAUUCCCACCCCUACCACCCCCAACCCCACUCCAACCCGUACCCUUUACUUUUGGUUCACAACGCACGAGACGCCGCACAACACUUUCUUUCGCCAAGCGUGUACAGAAUCUCAUAGAGGCCCUGAAGAUGAGGACUUACCCUGUGCACGAUUCCUCAGAGUUCCAUGGAUCAGUGAACAAUGACGACCACCACCACCAUGACAACUCCACAUCUGAGCCUCUUUCCAACAAAUUUGAGCCACUCCUUCAUUCCUGA